UCGGCCGAGGCAGGCGGGGUGACGCUCUCCGCAGCGUUUCGAGACAUUCAGGUCCAAAGUUUCCUUUCAAAUAUAUCCAUAUAUAAAUUUAUAUAUAUUUUUUCCAUACCGCGUAACAAUGAAGACUCCCAGCAGUCCGCGUGCGGGAACUGACAGAAACCCGUUUCUCCACGAGCCGAAGUUUUCCACGACAGACAAAAUAAAGAUCGGAUUUAUGUCAGUCACAGUUUUUCCAGUCCGGCUGCUGUUGGUCUCUUUCUUCAUGCUGCUGGCGUGGCCUUUCGCCUUCACGGCUUCGCUGGGACGUUCUGAGCUCGUCCCCGAUCCACAGUCGUGGUGGAGGAGAAUAAUAGAUCUUUGUCUUCGGGUCAUUAUGCGAACCAUGUGGUUCUGCGGUGGUUUCCAUUGGAUCAAAGUGAAAGGGGAGCGAGCGCCGCCUUCUGAGGUUCCCAUCCUCACCGUAGCGCCCCAUUCCUCCUACUUCGACGCAAUCCCAGUCACCAUGACCAUGUGCUCCAUUGUCACCAAGCUGGAGAGCCGCAGCAUCCCAGUCUGGGGCACUCUGAUCAGCUACAUCAGGCCCGUGUUGGUGUUCCGGUCGGAUCAGCACUCCAGGAGAAAAACUGUUGAGGAGAUCAAACGAAGAGCCCAGUCUGGAGGAAAGUGGCCCCAGAUCAUGAUAUUCCCUGAGGGGACAUGCACCAACAGGUCGGGUCUCAUCUUAUUCAAGGCUGGUGCUUUCAUCCCAGGACUCCCAGUGCAGCCAGUGGUGCUGCGAUACCCAAACAAACUGGACACUGUUUCGUGGACGUGGCGCGGCCCUGGAGCGUUUAAGAUUUUAUGGCUCACUCUGUGUCAGCCUCAUAACUCCAUCGAGAUCGAGUAUUUACCCAUCUAUCACCCGUCAGAGGAGGAGAGGAAAAACCCCGCUCUGUUCGCCAGCAACGUCAGGAAGCUCAUGGCCGAGGUGCUGGAGAUUCCCCUCACAGACCUGUCCUUCGACGACCGGCACAUCGUCCUGUCACACGGCCCGCUGAGGAUACACGACUGCACCGGCCUGCUGCACUUCAACCAGCUGCUGGGCCGACUGGGGUUAAAGUCGGGGAGCAGAGGCGACUCGCUGCAAGAGGAGGCCAGACGGGCCGCCAAGCUGCAGGAGGACAGACUAGGACUGCAGGACUUUGCCCAGUUUCUCAGCCUUCCAGUUACAGACACGCUCAGACAAGUCCACAACCUCUUCCAUCAGGACGGAGACGGAAAGAUAGACGUCAGACACUACGUCACCGCUCUGUCUACUGUACACAGACCUCAUAAACCCAUGGACACAUUAAAACUGGCCUUCCAGAUGUAUGAGGACGACAGCGGGGGAGUCACAGGAGACGAUCUGGCUGUCAUUUUCGAAAUAAUGUUGGGCGUAAAGGAAGUGGAGCUUUCCCCUCUGUUCUUUGAACUUGAAGCUCAACACACAGCGAAGAUCACUUAUGAUGAGCUUCAGCGUCUCAUAGAGACACGUCCACACUUCUCCGUGGACUGCCUCGGUUUUCAGGAUCAUCCUCGUCGCGGCUGCAUCGGCCGGCUCAACUACUGCAACGGACACAACAAAGACGACUGAAUAACAGACUCCAUGUUCUGGUUUGAUGGCUCCUUCAAGCUGUUGUGAAUCACCUGCUACAUCUGUGCCUUAAAGUGCAGGACAAGAAAGAGAAAUCGGUUUUCUCUGCCUUUUGUUUUAGAGCAUACUUCGGUGUAAAGAAGAAUUUUUAAAAAUGUGUAUGUAUAAAAUAUUAAUUUCUUACGCUAAAAUUUGAGAAGUCAGUUUGAUAGUUUUCUGUAAGUAGAAAUCACUCAGGUACAGCAAACACCAGAUCACUUAUCUUCUCUUUUGAAUGACAGGGCAAUAUUGCCAGUGCAAUAAAAACGACAAUUAAAAAGCAAUGUUAUUGUUACUUUGCUGUAACUUCAACUGCUCUAUGCAAGGAGCAAAACUGUUGUGGUGGUUUUAUUAAAUGCUUUAGAAGAGUCGUGCUCCUAGAACCGGUUUAAAACAAACAGAAAACUGUGAGAAUGUGAAGAUGAUGAACUUUCAAAGAGCUGCAGUUGAAAGAAUAUCUCAGCUCUGUGGCCUUUUCCCCAACUAACAAAGCAAAUUUUUCAGUUGGGGAAAAGAUACUUUUUGUUUUUCAUAAGUCGUGAUGAAAAGACAUUUUCUACCCUGUGACUGAAUCGUCACUGUUUCUCUGUUUCUGAAUGGGAAUCAUUAACACUGAUAUCAGGACUUUUAUUAAUGUACAUUUUAAAAUUCUUCCACUUGUAGUAUUGACAGUCUCUGUUUAUGCCCACCAGGUGGCGCUUUGAUUUCCCUCAAUCAAAAUAUGUGACUUCUCUGAAGCAGAAAAGAAUUUAAACUUAAACCAAUAAUGUGUCCAUCAUUUUUUAAAUAUUCUUACAUUCUUUGUUCUUUUUUCUCUUCUUCCUCUAUUUCCCCUUCUUUUUUCAAUUGCUGCUUUCUUAAAUUUUUCACCCUGUCUUCAUACCUUCAAACAAAUCGUUACUUUGUUCAUUUCUCACUCCUGUCAUCCUUCCUCCUGUUUCUUCCUGUUUACCUGAGUAAAUUACCUACCAUUAUUUUUGGCUUCCUUCCUUUAUCAUCCAUUAGGCUUCAGUGAACAUUUGUAUUUUAAGAAUGGAAUUAAAAUAAAAGGAACUUCACAAUCUGGAAAAAGUAUUAAAUAUUUAUAAUGGGAAGGAACCUCGUAUCUCAAUCUGCUCACAUUAAUUUCUUCAGAGAUAUGUAGAAAGUAUGGGCAGUUUAGAUUGUCAUCUGCUCUCAGUCCAGAUGGUGGCGCUAAGCCUCUGCGCUACAGGCACAAACCGAAGAGCCUCCCAUGCACCAGUGCCCACCUGAUGGACAGGAAAAGCAUUACCUCAUCCCUUCCUUUCAUUCCUUCAGGUAAAAAUAGACAGAUUAAGCCUGGGCUUUGAUGAGCCAAACCUGCAGAGGAGGUGUGGAAGCAGGGAGAGAGGGAUCGGUGUGGAGGAGAGAGACUAAAUGGAUCGUUCUGCUCCAAAUCCAAUCCCUAAUAGCUUGAGGGAGGGAGGGAAGGAGGAGGAAGAAGAAGAAAACAGUCAAAGAAAGAGGAGCGGCAGACUGGAGAUAUCGCGUAGAACAAUUAAGACCAGCCUUCAGGGGAUGAAGAAGCACCAGCUUUGUGGAGAACAUGCAACUUCCUCUCUGCAGUCAUCCUCACAUUCUCCUGCUUCAACAAAAGUGGCUCCAGAAAAUCAUGAGAAGAGUUUAAAUCUGAUUGGGGCAUUUAUGAAAACCACCUCCACUCAUCUUGUCAAAGAAAAGAAAUAAAUCUUGUGCUUUUUAUCCCAACCUGCACCUAAUCCCAGUCACUGCACUUUAGGAAACAUUUGAACCAAUCCACUGGAGAUAACCGGGGACUUCUGUCAGGCAGGGCCCAAUUCAGUACAGCUUGUUUGAAAUUUUACAAGAAUUGUAAUGAUUAAUUUGGCAUCAUGAACUAUAUGUAUUGUUUAUGACGGUG